AUGGCUAUCCAGGCAGUGAACGUACACAGUACCAGUCAGAUGACAGAUAACCUCAGCAGAAAUGAAUUUCUGCAGUGGAUUAACAACUGUUUAGACGCUAAUUACGGUAAAAUUGAGGAGUUAUGCACCGGUAAGUGCGGCCUACUGCCAAUUAACAGAUAUGCUGUGAAGUUUAAUACUAAACUAGAGCACGAGUAUAUAAGUAAUUUCAAAGUGCUCCAAGCGCUGUUUAAAAAGCACGGUGUUGAUAAGGUUCCCAUCGAAAAACUGGUGAAAGGAAAGUUUCAAGACAAUUUCGAAUUUGUUCAAUGGUUUAAGAGGUUUUUCGAUGCCAACUAUGAUGGACAUCCCUACGAUGCCUUAGCGGCAAGGGGCGGUGAACGAAUUCAAGGUUCUGCCAAGGCACAGCAAAAAUCAACUCCCGCUCCUAGAGGAGCCAUUCCCUCCAAUAUCAGACCAUCUAACAAACAAGCAUCCAGGGUUUUUCAGCUGUACUUAGUCUUGAGUGCAAAUGUGAAUGACUUUUAUUUCAGUGCUCUCAACUGCAGUUUUAGAGUUCACCUGUGGAUCCUUAUAUUCAGUAAACUUAGGUCUUAUUUAAAGUUUGUCCAUUAG